GAAGACCUCUCGGGCUUUGCUCGGGAGAGUUUCGCACCGAGUUUCCAAGAUGGCGGCUCAGCUGAACAGCUCGGCGGAGUGCCCUGCCUUUAGCGACAGCGAUAUGAGCGCUGACGAGGGUUCCUCUACCGCCACACACCGUGAUAGGGGUCUUAUACACCUGCUAAAGCAAGAAAACAGAGUUUUGAAGAUGGAACUCGAUACUUGUCGCCUCAGAUGCAAAUCUCUACAAGAAGAAAACAGGGCCCUUCGCCAAGCAAGCGUUUCGAUUCAAGCUAAAGCAGAACAAGAGGAAGAAUUCAUCUCUAACACACUUCUAAAGAAGAUCCAGUCAUUGAAGAAAGAAAAGGAGACACUGGCUAUGAAUUAUGAGCAGGAAGAAGAAUUCCUAACAAAUGACUUAUCUAGAAAACUUACACAGCUGAGACAAGAGAAGAUUCAGUUAGAACAGACCUUAGAACAAGAACAAGAAUACCAAGUGAAUAAACUGAUGAGGAGAAUUGACCGUCUAGAGGCUGACGUACUAGCCAAACAAACUUCAUUAGAACAGUUGAGGAAAGAGAAGGUCGACCUGGAGAAUACAUUGGAGCAGGAGCAGGAGCUGUUGGUCAACAGACUCUGGAAGCGCAUGGACAGACUAGAGGCUGAGAAAAGAAUGUUACAAGAAAAACUAGAGGAGCCAAUAUCUGAGCCCCCCUCGCCGCGGCAAUUCACAGAAGCAGAGGACACAGUUGGAGGGAUAGCAUCUCACAUUACAUCACUAAGAGAGGAGAUCAGAAGACUCAGACAACAGCUUGCCAAGUCUGAAGCUGACUAUUGUGAGAAAAUGGAAGCCUAUGCAAAGGAGGAGAGACAGACCAAGGAGGAAAAUAUAAGAUUGCAGAGAAAACUUUUACGUGAAAUGGAGCGCCGUGAGGCCCUAAGUAGACAACUAUCAGAGAGUGAAUCCAGCUUAGAGAUGGAUGAUGAGAGAUAUUUAUUUCAUUGUAGACAUUUUAAUGAGAUGACAUCACACACUCCAGGCGGUGGAGAGAGGGCUCAUCGCGAAAGGACAAUAUCUAGCCCUGUACCACUCGGUUACGGUUUCACCCCUCCCUCUCCUCACAUGAGCCGAUAUUCUUCAACAGGGAGUCUGUCAAGCUCUCUGCCUCUUGGCUCAUCUCCGCCCACUCAUCAUCAUCACAUACAAAGACGGAACAGUCCUGCCGCCCCCAGCAGUUCCAGCCUUCCCAGACCAUCCUCGGGCUCAUAAGAAAUAUUGGGAUAGUAACAGAAUGGAGAGAAUUCACAAAGAGCAGCCUUACUGCUAGAUAUAGUAAUUACUAGAGUUGUCUCCUUGAUGCAGUAACAAUAGUUGUUAUGAUCUUUUGUUUUUAGCCUGUAUUGGUCAGUGUUCCUAUGAGGGUAAUUGAAAACACACACUAUAGCAGAGGUAUUAAACUAUUGUGCCAAUUCAAUACCCCUUGCAGCCUCGGAAACCUAGGGGUAUUUAUCUGAAAAGAGGCAUUGAUAUAUAAAACGUAAAGUCAUGGAUUUUUAGUUAACAGAGGAUUUUGGUUUAGGGCAAGGCACUUCCUGACCCUGCUAUCCCAACUGGUAACUACCCUUGCCCCAGUCAUUAGUGCCUUAUUCAUUGACUUCACCACGAGUUUGUGAAAGUUCCACUACAUGUUAAUUUUAUGAUAGUGAGUUUGUUGAGGAAACCCAUGGGUAUAACUAGGGGAGGGCUCAAAGGACUCCCAUCCCUUCUUGCAGCCAAACAAAUAGAGAAGAUGUAUGGAUAUCAUUUAAAUACAAGAUUAAAUGUCUUAUAGGGGCCUUUUGGGCCACUCCUAUUAAAAAUCCUGGCAACAACCCUUAAACCUGGUGGUGAAACAUGUUUAGUGCUAAGGUUAAAUGAGAUAAAUAUAAACCAGCUUAUUAAAUGGUGUGGUUUCUGUGCCUCGUUAAAAUCAAGCACGUACUGUAUGCCAUAUUUGACAGCAUGGAACUUUGUGAAACAAACCAAAUUAUUUUGCGGGAGUGUUAAUUCACAAGAAAAUCUUAUAGUGCAAGAUGAGAUGGUGUGCGAGGUGUUAAAAUUCUUUCAUUUCAUUUCGCAUAUCAUGACCCUUCUCCUCCCUAACUUUCUCAUGUCUAACAGGUUCCAUGAACUAUUGAUUGUAAGAAUUGAAAAACAGAAAUAAAUAUUAUGAAGGGUGAA